AUGGCGCCUCCCGAAGUUCACCACCUUUUCCACAACCCCAUCGCCGACCACUCCUUCUCGGCCGAUCGUCAGACGCUGGCCAUCGCUCGCGACUCGACCGUUGAGCUGUACGGCAGGGCUGAAAAGGGAUUCAGACUGCAGGAUGAGCUCAAGGGACACGACAAGACUGUCACUAGUGUAGACAUUGCGCCCAGCUCGGGCCGCAUCGUCACCUGUUCGCAAGACCGUAACGCUCUUGUCUGGGAACCCUCCCCGACCGGAUACAAGCCGACGUUGGUGCUCCUCCGUAUCAACCGAGCGGCUACCUACGUGCGCUGGUCGCCUAGCGAGACCAAGUUCGCCGUCGGCUCCGGAGACCGCGUCAUCGCCAUCUGCUACUUUGAGGAGGAGAACGACUGGUGGGUUUCCAAGCACUUGAAGAAGCCCAUUCGCAGUACCAUCACCACUGUGGCCUGGCACCCCAACUCUGUCCUGCUCGCCGCCGGUUCCACCGACGCCCACGCUCGCGUCCUCAGCAGCUUCAUCAAGGGUGUCGACACCAAGCCCGAGCCUACCGGCUGGGGUGAGCGCUUGCCCUUCAACACCGUGUGUGGCGAGUACCUUAACAACUCGGCCGGUUGGGUUCACGCUGUGGCCUUCUCCCCUUCGGGUGAGGCCCUGGCCUUUGCCGCCCACGACAGCUCCAUCACGGUUGUCUACCCCGGCGGACCUGACCAGCCGCCUCGCGCGCUGAUUAGCAUCAACACGCAGCUGCUGCCUUUUAUGGGACUCGUCUGGAAUGGCGAGUCGGAGAUCAUCGCCGCCGGCUACGACUGCGAGGCCUUCCGCUUCAGGGGUGGUGAGGGUGGAUGGCAGCUCAGCGGCUCGCUUGAGUCCAAGGGCCGCCCCGGUGCAGACGCCGAGCGCGAGGAGUCUGCGUUGAAUAUGUUCAGGCAAAUGGAUCUGAAGGGCAAGGUCAAGGAUGACACGCAGCUCAAGACUGUUCACCAGAACACAAUCACCACCAUCCGCUCCUUCCAGGAGUCGGGCUCGGGACUGGUUAAGAUGAGUUCGAGCGGAGUUGACGGAAGAAUUGUCAUCUGGGAUGUCUAG